AUGUUCAAGAUGAACGCCGCUUCUGCUCUCCGCGCCAGAAUGGCCACUUCCUUCGUCGUCCGUCGUGGCUUUUCCACCACCCGGGCCCAGUUCGCCAGUCCGUACCACUACGCUGAGGGCCCUCGCUCCAACAUUCCCUUCAACCCUCUGACCAAGUACUUCUUCUGGAGAUACUGGGCUUUCAUGAUCACCGGUUUCGGUGCUCCCUUCGCCAUUGCUGGUACGUUCUCAGUAGCCAAAUGCAGUAUCAUAUAUUCUAACAGUGCUCCUAUACAGUUUGGCAAACCUACAAGACCCGUUAGGGAGCUCGCUUACGGUGAAAGUGCUCGUGCCUCGGCAUCCUUGGGCACUGGGAAAUGGCGGGAAAUGUAUUCUAUACUUGAAGCUUUGGUAUUAUGUACAAAGUUCAGAAUUCAAUGGCCAGGGCAGCAGUUCUUUGCGGUCUAUUGA